CUUCCCGCCAGCUCAAUUCACCCGCUGUCUUUAGCUGAAUCAACCCCAGACCACAUCACAAUGGAAGGACUCAACGCCUCGGAACAGCGCGAGCUCGCCAACCGCAUGGAGCGGAAGCAGCUGAAGGAAUUCAUGACCAUGUACUCCAAGCUCGUGCAGAAGUGCUUUGACGACUGCGUCAACGACUUCACCACCAAGUCCCUCGUCAACCGCGAGGAGGGCUGCGUUAUGCGCUGCGUCGACAAGUAUAUGAAGGGGUCGGCGCGCCUGAACGAACGCUUCCAGGAACAGAACGCUGCCAUGAUGCAGGGCCAGCUGCCGGGGCGGUAAACUGUCUACUCCGCUUGGACUGCCUGUCUGCCUGGAUUGUCUACCUCAAACUUGCCUGCAACAUGACAUGACCGUGGUUUUCGCUCUUGCUCCGUUUGCAUUUUGUUUCUGCGGGUUCUGUAUAAAAGAUUAGAUUUUUUUUGCAAUCGUGACAUCGCUUCUUCGCUCGGGGUCUUGGCGUGGCGUGGAUGAUCUGAUGGUUGGGGUGGUGGUAGAUAUGGAUGUGGAUGCAGCUGUGUCUGCGUCUGCUCUGAUUGUAUUAUAUUGGGAUGGAAUGUAGCAUUUGGAGUUAUGUACCUUUUUUCUGAA